CUGUCAAACUUGAUAAUCAGCUGACAACUAAAUUUGUCAUCAGUCUGAAUUAAGGAACGAGUAAUAAUAAAUUAAUUCAACUCAGAUCCAAUUUAAUAUUGUCACUGCGGUAGGCUUCCGAUUAUUAGGAAAUAGCAGCAUUAUAGUACAGAAGAAUGACGGUCACAGUGGAUCCACGUCGUCCGGAUAAGGUGAAUCGUUACAAACCGAUCGAUUCGGCCAAUCAAGGUGCCGGCGUGGGAGAUGAUCUCAUGCCAGACUACAUGAAUAUCCUAGGUAUGAUAUUCUCUAUGUGCGGUCUUAUGAUGAAACUCAAAUGGUGCGCCUGGCUUGCGCUGUACUGUUCUUGCAUUAGUUUUGCUAAUUCACGUGUUAGCGACGAUGCCAAGCAGGUCCUUUCGUCGUUCAUGCUGAGCGUCAGUGCUGUUGUUAUGUCAUACCUCCAGAAUCCUACGCCGAUGACUCCGCCAUGGCAGUCAGCGCUUUGAAAACGUAGCUAGGGAGGCACUAUUUUCUUCUUUGCUGUAAUAUAAGAUCCAUUAAACUUA